CUCCUCGCCUUCUCGUCGCGCCAUGGUCUCGCUUCGAACGGAGAGCGCCGCCGGCUGCCCGCGGCUCCCAGCGACCCGCGCCAGGCGGCCGGCCGCGCUCCGCCUCCUCCUCCUGCUGGGCGCUGUCUUGAAGCCCCAGGAGUCCCUGGCACAGCCUGUAACCACCCCAGGCAGCUUGGGGUCAGAAGGGAAGAUGGUGCAGAAGUAUGAGACAUAUGUCCAAAACUGCUGGCUAGAGUAUAAGAAGCUUAUGGACCCUCUCGAAAAGGAUUGGUGUGACUGGGCCAUGAUUAGAAGCAGAGUCUGGCUGAAGCGGAGUUUGACUCCUGCGCUGGGCCAACGCGCUCCUGAAAGGCGAUCGGAACCUUUGUGCUGUGCUUUUCGCCCGGACGUGCCGAAGCGGAGACCGGAAGUCCUUCCCGGGAGGUUCCGGGUUCCCUUGGCUACUACGAUGGCGAUGAGUUUCGAGUGGCCGUGGCAGUAUCGCUUCCCGCCCUUCUUUACGUUACAGCCGAACGUGGACACCCGGCAGAAGCAGCUGGCCGCCUGGUGCUCGCUGGUCUUGUCCUUCUGCCGCCUGCACAAACAGUCCAGCAUGACGGUGAUGGAAGCUCAGGAGAGCCCGCUCUUCAACAACGUCAAGCUGCAACGGAAGCUCCCUGUGGAAUCAAUUCAGAUUGUAUUAGAGGAACUGAGGAAGAAAGGGAACCUUGAGUGGUUGGAUAAGAACAAGUCUAGCUUCCUGAUCAUGUGGCGGAGGCCAGAAGAAUGGGGGAAACUCAUCUAUCAGUGGGUUUCCAAAAGUGGCCAAAACAACUCCGUGUUCACCCUAUAUGAACUGACCAAUGGGGAAGACACAGAGGAUGAGGAGUUCCAUGGACUGGAUGAGGCCACCCUACUUCGGGCCCUGCAGGCCCUACAGCAGGAGCACAAAGCCGAGAUCAUCACUGUCAGCGAUGGCCGAGGUGUCAAGUUCUUCUAGCAGAGACCUGUCUCAUUUUGCUUCUUACCUCCCACCCUUCCAGGGCUUUCAAAAGGAGACACACCCAGUGUCCCCACAGACUGGGCCUGUGACUCCACCAGACUCAAAAGGACUCCAGUCCUGAAGGCUGGGACCCAGGGAUGGAUUUCCCACUAACCCUAUCCAUCUGUCCCCAGGAUAGGGUGAGAGUGAGGUGUCAGAGAGAAAAGAUGUGCUUCUUGUUGCCCUACCUCCUCUCCCAUCCUAGAAUGUCCCUGAGCCAGGGUCUGUAAACCUCACUUUACAUGUGUUCACACACAUAUACACACACGCCUGCACAAGCUUCUGUCUCUUCCCCCUUCCACUCCCUAAGCUGCUGUUGCCUCCCCUCUCAGGCUGGUGCUGGAUCCUUCCUAGGGGGCAGGGGAAGCCCUGGCUGCAGGCAGCCUUCCAGGCAAUAUCAAGAUAGGAGGCCCAAGAAGAGACCUGGCAGUGAGAGGCAGGCGAGACACUGAUUUAUGAUAUUAAAAAUUUCAACUCCCA